AACCGUUAGGCGCUAAUUUUCAAACGAGACCGUGCUACGGACGUUUUCGGCUAUUAGGAUAUUGUAUUUACAAUAUCUUAUUGUUUUCAGUAAGCUUGUUUGAAAUUACCCGUCAUAUUUUCUGCUUGAGCCAUCGCGUACGUCCGCAGAACGGUAUGAGUGCGGUCAACACCCCGACCUCCCGGCCCCGACAGUGGUCUUCGCCGGCACCGGGGCACAAAACGAGCCUGUCUGCAGCGAGCACGCCGCUCCUGGGAUCUUUCCAAGGUAACGACGACGAGCAGGAGCGGCGUCAGAGGCGCAGGUCUAAAGUUAUAGACCUUCACGCAGUCGGGGACACGUCCAUCAGCGAGGCCGCGCCUUACAGUGGCACAGGGACCCCUGCCGCAGUACCGAAGCUGUCAUCUGCCCAGAUCUCUGAGCAUUAUUCCACAUGCAUCAAACUAUCGACCGAAAACAAAAUCACCACAAAGAAUGCAUUUGGUCUGCACCUCAUUGAUUAUAUGGCUGACAUUCUCAAGCAGAAAGAUUCUGAGCUUAACUUCAAGGUGGCUGCAGGAACUCUGGAUGCCAGCACUAAGAUCUAUGCUGUGAGGGUAGAUGCGGUCCAUGCAGAUGCCUACAGAGUGUUGGGUGGUCUGGGCUCAGAGACCAAGCCAAAAGAGGGUCCGGAGGGGACGGAGGAGGCAGAGUCAGUGGAGAGUACUCUGAGUGAGCAGACGGCCGCCAGGCAGGCCCCCAGGAAAAGACCACCCAAGAAGACAGUGGAGCAAAACCUGAACAACAUCAAUCUCUCUGAGGCUGAGAUGAAGUGUGAGGUGGACCCCAUGUUCCAGCGCAUGGCGGCGUCGUUCGAUGAGAACAGCACAGCCGGCGUGUUCCUGUCUGUGCUUUCCAGCGAGGACAGCCGUUGCGAGCUGCGAUUCCCCUCCCACCUGACACUGCUCUGCACGCGGGAGCCCUGCCCGCAUGCCCCCGCACAGAACAUGCCCGCCUCGCCAUUCGCAGCUAGUCUAAAGGCCCUAGAAGACAGGGUUAUCUGCCCAUCUCUGCAGGAUUUCUCCUUCACCCAGUGGACACCUGACCAGGGUACCAGCCUGAAUCAGCUGCUGGAGAAGAUGAAGCGGGGCGAGCACGCGUUCGACGUCAAUGCCGACGUUGAGCCGGACGAGGGCGAGGUGCCCAGCCUCGGCGACCACUUCGACGCAGACGAGGACGAGGGUCGCCAUGGUGACUGCGGCGAGGGGCUCGGCGAGCACACAGACGCUUGCACGCGGAUGAGCCCCGCAAAAGGACGGGGGGUUAUACCUAUCGGAGAGGCUGAUAUCACCACAAUGUGCCUUCAGCUGUCUGACCAGCCCAGGGAGUACUCAUACUUCAGCCCCCGUACCAUGGCCACUUGGGUCGGCCCAGGCUACUGGCUCUUCAAGCCCACACACAAACAGGAUCACAAGCCAGAGAAGGAACAGAAAAAACGAGCACCAAAAAGCCCCUUGGUCAUCGACUUCAGUGAAGAUAUUCACUUCCACAACUACUUCCGCACAACCAGAGCAGCGACUACCAUCAGCAGGUCCGCCCUGAACAGCACCAAUAAGAAAACCACGCUGCCGUCGGACUUCCAGUAUCCGCUUAGCAACCUCUCCCAACUCAACCUCAAGCCCUUCUCCAUGCUCAGUGCAGUAGAGAAGAAGAGGUUGUCCGGUGAGCUGAGUGAAGAAAUUGGAGAGUACGACUACAACAAUGCCAACGACACUGCCAACUUCUGCCCAGGGCUGCAGGCUGGGGACAGUGAUGAUGAUGCUGAAGGCUUCACGGUAUCAGAUGAGACUCAGCCGGUGGCUGACAGGCUGAACCCCUUGACCUUUGACCCAAACGGCAUCUCCACAUACGGGGAAGACUGCCUGGUUCCCGAGCCCCACAAGGUCAACAUCAUCGAGAUUAAUUAUGCCAAGACGGCCAAGAAGAUGGACAUGAAGAGACUGAAGAACAGCAUGUGGACCCUUCUGACCCACAGCACAGAGAAGCCAGCCUCGCAGGUGGAGAAUGAGGUGCCUACAGAAGUAGCAGGUGAAAAGUCCUUCAGCCAGUCCACACGGACCCUCCUACAGAGGCUGCCGUCCACCAUGGCCAGUAACCUGUCUGUGCCUCUUGCGUUUGUUGCCCUUCUGCAUCUAGCCAACGAGAAGAACCUGGAGCUUCACAAAGUGGAUGACAUGUCUGAUAUCGUCAUCAAACAAGGACACUGAAGGCGCAUGCAACUUUUGUUUUCUUUCUUUUUUUUUUAAAGGUAUUUUAAUAUGAAUGCUUUUUAACAAUGUACAGUGUGAGUUGUAUUAUAUGACAAAUUAUCUACUUCUCUGUAACUCCCCUUUUCCAUUUUAAAGUAAUAAAUGCUGUCUUACUGUGAAUAGAAAAGAAAGCUUUAUAGUAUGUUUGGACUAGGUAAAUAAAAAGAGGCAGGAAUGUUAACAUUUCACGGCCUUUAAUAUUAUGAAGUGAAAAUGUUCCGUUUGAGAUCAUGGCUUUGUCUCCUAAAUUGUAAACGAACAGGGUGGAUAGUAUUUGUAUUCUCGCUUUUUAUUAAACUGGACACACCUGUUUCUUCCAA